CGAAGCAAAGAUGGCCGCAACCCCGAGCACACCUCUCCUACCCACCACGGCCUCUUCCCGUAAAGCAUUGAGCAGCACUUGGAACGACUUCUGCGAUUUUGCUCUCAGAGACAAUGUGCUUGAAGUUGCUGUUGGACUCAUCCUCGCUGCCGCGUUUGGUACCGUCGUUUCCAGUUUCGUCAGCGAUAUACUGUUGCCUCCCAUUUCGUUGUUGCCUUUCUUGAGCCGAAACUUGGAUGAGCGGUUUGCAACUUUGAGGCAUGGUCAGAAUCAGACUAUGGGGUAUAAUACUGUCCAGCAGGCGCUUGAAGAUGGGGCUGUUGUUAUGGCGUAUGGGACUUUUCUGAACAAGUGCUUUAAGUUCCUUGGAAUAGGCUUCGCGCUGUAUGCUAUAGUCAGAGCAUACAUCUACUUCAGCAAUGACGAGACCAUCAUCAAGCAUGAAAAGAAGUGCCAGUAUUGCCGCAAGAAGAUUAGCUUGAAGCGUUGCUUCAACUGCACCAGCUGGCUGGAUGGGCGAGAGGAUGAUCUGUUACGGGCG